GAACCUAUACCGUGCGAUUCGGUACUGUUUAGUUUCGCUGGGUUUUGCCACUUAAACUGAAUUAUUUUGUACGUUAACCUAAUAUUAAACAAUGGGUCUCAAAGGCUGUGAGGUGCAAUUGGACAAUCCAUGGAACACUUACUACGCUGGACAAACUGUCAACGGCCAAGUCAAAAUAACUUUUGACUCGCCCAAAAAAGUACGAGGCAUUAUUAUACGUUUUUUGGGCGAAGCUAACACGGAGUGGACCGAGGAGCGUAACGUAACAACCAGUGAGGGCAAGACUGAGAACGAGACUACGCACCUGAAGGGACAUGAGGAGUACUUCAAGAUACAAUACUACUUGCUUGGCGGCAAGAACAGUUCCGAAACCGAACUGCCGCCGGGCACUCACACUUAUCCGUUUACUUGCGCCCUACCGCCCAAUUUGCCUUCCUCAUUUGAGGGUGAAUUCGGUCAUGUGCGCUAUACCAUCAAAGUUACUUUGGAUAGGCCUUGGAAGUUUGAUCAGGAUAUGAAAAUGGCAUUUACUGUUAUAGCGCCAGUUGACUUAAAUCUGAAUCCACGUGUUAAGGAAACGUUUAAGCUUGAACUGGAAAAGUCAUUCUGUUGCUUUUGCUGCCGCUCUGGUCCGUUGUCCGUUAUCACAAGCAUACCACAAACUGGUUAUGUUUCGGGUCAAAUAUUGCCCAUAACCUGUGAGGUUGAUAACACCAGCAAUGUUAAUCUCACCGCAGUUAAAUUUGAAUUGCGCAAACUUGUCACGUUCCAUACGAACCAACCGCGCAGUGAGAAACGCGAAUCAAAAGUGAUAAUUGCCCAGCUGAGCGUUGGACCCGUCAACGCCGGAGAAUCUCAUACAUUUACACAGCAAAUGGAAAUACCUGCACUGCCUCCAACUAACUUACUGAAUUGCGGCAUAAUUGCUCUAGACUAUGAUUUGCAUGUGGAGUGCGAUGUAAGUGGACCACAUCGCAAUCUCACCGGCAAAGUGCCAAUUACCCUCGGCACAAUACCGCUGGCUGCUUUAAAACCACAAACAGAAGAUCCCUCUCUAGCACCCACACAACCGGUUAGUCCAGUUAGUCCACCCGGCGAUGGUGGAUUGGGUGGUGCCCUUGGCUGGAAUGUGGCUGAUAGUGCCGGCGGCGCACUUUACCCUAAUAUUCCGCCACCACAGUUUGUGGAAACGGAAUACCGGGCACCAAUCAUAAGCGGACGUGAUGAUUCGGUACACACUCAAAGCAUUGGAGACAACACCUUUGCUCCGCGCUAUCCAACCUUUCAGUUCAAGAACGCGACAGCACCAGCAAUAAGCCCUUAAUUUUAUUAUGGCAC